GCGCCACCAGUGUGCUAUAGUUGUGGCCGCCGCCACCAGAGGCGCCCUCACUCUCUUACUCUCCUUCCUCCAGCGGCCGGACGGCCUGAUAGUGCAUUCAAGAUGGUGCGGUACAGCGCUCAACCGGAAAACACCACCAAGUCUUGUAAAGCCAAGGGCUCCAACUUAAGAUGCAGUUUCAAGGCCAAAGCUUGGGGUUUGACCCAAGGUAGGUGGCCAAAGAAGAGUGCCCGCUUUCUUCUAGAUUUACUGAAGAAUGCAGAGAGCAAUGCUCAGUACAAGGGUCUAGAGGUUGAUCACCUUGUGAUUGAGCAUAUCAUGGUACAACGAGCACGUCAAAUGCGACGUCGCACAUACCGUGCUCAUGGUCGUAUCAAUCCGUUUAUGUCCUCUCCUUGCCACAUCGAAGUUAUCCUGGCUGAGAAAGAGCAGGUUGUGGCCAAGGCCCAAGAUGAACCAGAAAAGAAGAAGGUUUCAAAGAAGAAACUGGCCCGUCAGAAGCUUAUGGCUGCCAGGGAAUAGCUUGUAACAUCGUAAUAAAGAAAAAAAGCCAAAA